GGUCAGGAAAUAGGCUAAUGGGUCUAAGAUUAGAGUCCAGUGUUUUGCUCUGAAAAUGCACAGCCUACUUCAGGAUCUUACUUGAAACAUUAAAAAAACAAACAAACAAAAAAAAAAAACACGUUGAUUAGGAAUUAAGAUGAAAGAAACUCACAGUUAUGGUUCUGGAACAGAUUAAAAAUGGAAAUCUUAAUUUUAGCGAGGUAAACAAUAGGAGACUGGUGUGAAGUUCCUUGGCCAUACUAGCAGGGUCUCUCUCACACACACACACACACACCCACAGACCCAGACACACACACACACACACACACCCACAGACCCCCAUACACACACACACACACAGACCCACAGACCCACACACACACACUUCCUGCAGAGCUAAGCAGGGUCAGUGCUGUGCUAUGUUUAGCGCUGUUAGCCAUGGCUUAUGCUCCUCUAAUGGGGUUUGGGUAUAAAACCCCUCCCACCUCUUCCUCGGGUUGUGAUUUAACACAACAGCCUCCAGUGAGCAACACUCCCCUGCACACCCUGUCCGAGGCUCCGAGAUACACACAGAACCCACUCCACCGUAUUUCUGAACAACCCAACUAGACCUGACAAUACAGCACAUACAGGGGGUUUCGGCCGCAUGCUGAUUGGCUGACCGCGCCCGCUCGGCAUGAAGCCCCGCAGGCGGCUGCUGUCCGUGGAUCUGCUGCCCACCAUCAGCGAGACGCAGGAGGACGCCGCCCACGCGUGGCACCCCGAGCACGCCGGGCACCGUGGGCACCCCUCCGCCUCCCUGGAGGACUACGUGGCGUCCAUUAAGGAGCUGGCGCAGCCUGCCGCCUUCUCCGCCUGCGCCACGCUCCGGGUGCCAGGGCGCCCGAAACACGCCCUCCCCGCGGCCCCGCCCCCCGGCGCCGCCGCCGCGGCCUGCAAGCCCCGCCUCCCCGUCGCCCUGGACGACAUCGCGCUCGUCUUCGCCGCGGACGCCAAGGGAGAGUGCGGCGGCUCGUGCGCGGCCGCGAGGGACCCGCUGGACUGCCUGUUCGCUCGGGCGGAGGAGUGCGACGGCCUGUCGCUUCCGGAGACUUCCGCGGCCGCGCUGUGUCUGCUGUGAUGCGAGCCCGAGCUCGCCGGGGAUCGGCUCGCCGAACGUGACUGAGCGGACCUCGAUCAUCCCUUUCUCAGGACGGAUAACGAGACUGGAGUCGUAUGAUUUAUACGAUAUACGUCAUAUAUGGACCACUGUGGACUUUAUACUUUUAAAAGCGAUGCGUUUAGCGUUGCACCCCUGGCACUGUCGAACUGUCGUUUUGCAAUAAAACUUUGAUUAUGAUA